UUUUUUUGUUUGGAAGCGUCUUGUCUCUCGAAAGCAAUCAAGUACGGAUUCAGAGCUAUAAAAUUCAGGAUACUCUCAAAAAGAGAAAAAAGGAAAUUGAGUACUUCCACGAAAGUGAAAGAUCAAAUUAAAGUCGAGAUGAACUGGGGAAGUAGCUGUGGAGCGAAUGGUGAGCUGCCAUCGACGUCCAAGCGUCAAUUCGAAUAUGGCGAAGGACAACGUCCCACACACAAGAGACGCCGGCGGCGACGUGCAUUGGAGACGGAAGGGGACGGAAUGACAGCGUUGCAUCAUGCGGCAAGGAUCGGAGACGCGGAGAAGAUAAGGACACUGCUGGAGGCUGGAUGGGACGCGAGAGCGAGGGAUCGAUCGGGACGGACGCCCCUCCAUCACGCCGUGGGCUCGGGGAGGGAGGCCGCGGCAGAAGUGCUGCUGGGGGCCGACCCCGAAUGCGACGAGCCUGACUUUCAGGGCCGCCGCCCCCUGCAUCUGGCCGCGAGAGCAGGUCUCGUGCCGACAGCCAGAGCGUUGGUGUCGAGGGGUGCGCGUCUGCAUGCCAAAGAUGUACUUGGAUUCUGUCCCCUGCACUACACCCUGGCGAAUGGACACAGCGGUGUAGCCAGAGUGCUGCUGGCGACGUACGCCUGGAGGGGCAUCGCGAUAGAUUGGGAGGAGAUGGAGCUCUCGCAGGAGGAAGAGGAGCACGGCGUCCGGCUGCUCUCCGAGUGCGAGGCCGAGAUGCGGGACGCCCGGGCGGAGAAAUCGAGGUUCUCCCUCCUCGCCCGCCGACACCCCUCCCGCCUGGCCCGCUGCCUCUCUGACGAGGCGAUCCGCCUUCUCUCGGACCGGGACCUCCUGACGCAGGAUUUCCCGCUUUUCGGCGACCUCCUCCUCGUCCGACUGGGGGAGGUCCGGGAGAGGAGGGCCCUGGAGGAUCGAUUCCUGCGCUGCUUCCCCCUCCUCUGCCCGCCCCUGCCCCCCACCUGCACCGACGUCCUCCUCGCGUGCCUGGCGGACGACGACCUGAGGCACUUCUCCCGAGCCGUGGAGCUCUAGUCCCGAAGAUAUUCCGUUCGAGUGCCUCACAAUGGGGAAAAAAAUAAAGAUCACAGGACUUGAACUUUGCUUGAAAUGUAUGAAUCUCUUCUGUUAGAAUACAGAAAGUGCCCGAGGUGGUUUACCGAACCUUGUUUGCUGGUUAUG